AUGUCACUUGAUGAACUAUCUCCUAUACCGAUGCCUCCCCCUGCUUCCAUGUCUCCCGAGACUGCUGCUAUUGCCUUCGAUGCUUUACUAUCCACUUUGCCGGAGGGCCAGUCAACAAUUCGCGCUCUUCAUUUGAAUGACACUUCGAAUCCUCCCGUUGAUACUAACCCUCUAAGAGCUUCAAGUGUUCGUCCGUGGACCAUCCAUAGAAGUAUUUUUGUUGUGAGUCUGUCUGAUUUUAUGACUAGAUAA